AUGAGAGGCACCAACCAGUCGAGUGUCUCUGAGUUCCUCCUCCUGGGACUCUCCAGGCAGCCCCAGCAGCAGCAGCUCCUCUUCCUGCUCUUCCUCACCAUGUACCUGGCCACUGUCCUGGGGAACCUGCUCAUCAUCCUGGCCAUCAGCACAGACUCCCGCCUGCACACCCCCAUGUACUUCUUCCUCAACAACCUGUCCUUUGUGGAUGUCUGCUUCUCCUCCACCACUGUCCCCAAGGUACUGGCCAACUACAUUCUUGGCAGUCAGAUCAUUUCCUUCUCUGGGUGUCUCACACAGAUGUAUUUCCUUUUCAUGUUUGUGGACCUGGACAAUUUCCUGCUGGCUGUGAUGGCCUAUGACCGGUAUGUGGCCAUAUGUCACCCAUUACACUACACAACAAAGAUGACCCGUCAGCUCUGUGUCCUGAUGGUGGCUGGAUCAUGGGUCACUGCCAAUAUGAAUGUCCUAUUACACACUCUGCUCAUGGCUCGACUCUCCUUUUGUGGGGACAACAUCAUCCCCCACUUCUUCUGUGAUGUGACUCCCCUCCUUAAACUCUCCUGCUCAGACACACACCUCAAUGAGUUGAUGAUUAAUACAGAGGGAGCUGUGAUCAUGGUCACCCCAUUUGUUUGCAUUCUGAUCUCCUACAUCCACAUCACCUGCACUGUCCUGAGAGUCUCAUCCCCCAGGGGAGGAUGGAAAGCCUUCUCCACCUGUGGCUCCCACCUGGCUGUGGUCUGCCUCUUCUAUGGCACCAUCAUCGCUGUGUAUUUCAAUCCCUCAACUGCCCAUUCACCUGAGAAGGACACGGCAGCCACUGUGUUGUACACAGUGGUGACUCCCAUGCUGAACCCCUUUAUCUAUAGCCUGAGGAACAGGGACCUGAAAUGGUCACUACGAAAACUUUUGAACCAGCACCAUUUGCUGAAAAUACUAUCUUUUUUCCAUUGGAUGGUUUUGGCUCCUUUGUCAAAAAUCAAGUGACCAUAGGUGUGUGGGUUCAUUUCUGGGUCUUCAAUUCUAUUCCAUUGGUCUAUCUGUCUGUCUCUGUACCAAUACCAUGCAGUUUUUAUCACUAUUGCUCUGUAAUACUGCUUGAGUUCAGGGAUAGUGAUUCCCCCUGAAGUCCUUUUAUUGUUGAGGAUAGCUUUAGCUAUCCUGGGUUUUUUGUUAUUCCAGAUGAAUUUGCUAAUUGUUCUGUCUAACUCUUUGAAGAAUUGGAUUGGUAUUUUGAUGGGGAUUGCAUUGAAUCUGUAGAUUGCUUUUGGUAAAAUGGCCAUUUUUACCAUAUUAAUCCUGCCAAUCCAUGAGCAUGGGAGAUCUUUCCAUCUUCUGAGGUCUUCUUCAAUUUCUUUCCUCAGUGUCUUGAAGUUCUUAUUGUACAGAUCUUUUACUUGCUUGGUUA